AUAGCGUCGAAAACCGCAGGUGUUCCGCUGGCACAGUGUCUUUUUUCUUGUCUUGCUGAACGAAAGUGGGGAAUAAUAGUUAUAGUGGAAUAACUAGUUUCGGACAUUACGUAAGUCUAAGAAAAUAACGCCCUUGAAGGCAUAUCGACAAUGGACAAGAGUGGGAGACUUGAGGAUAGCAAUGAGGUGAAUGGCACCAAGGAGUCAGUUGUGCAGGCCACGUACAAGAAGUUGCCCGACGAAGAUACAAACUGGCAACAAAAACAACAACAACAGGAGUCGAAGGAAGAGCGGGAAAAGGAGGAUCAAGUCCCGGAAUCUGACACAAUGGUUAAACAAAACGGCACCGAGCCCGAAGUCGACGACGAGGCUAAUGAACGAAUGCUUCAGGAUAAUGUGAAACUGUCACCGAAAAAGGACAACAUCGAGGUGAAAUACGUCUCGGAGAAUGGAGACGCGAAAAUUGAUCUUGGAACUGUUAAGGAAGUACUGUCGGGAAUGGGAAAAGAGGAAUUGAUGAAAUUUGCGAACGAUCCAUUUUGGAUUCGAUUGCGAUGGUUUUUGUUUAUUGCAUUCUGGGUGCUUUGGGCGGCAAUGUUGGCGGGCGCUGUUGCAAUUGUUGUCAUUGCGCCGAAAUGCAAUUCACCAGAGCCAAGAAAAUGGUGGCAGGAGAGUCCAAUUAUUCAUCUCGAUGAAUUCGAUACUUCAACGCAUAAAUUAAAAGACAUGAAAGAUUUACUCUAUCCUCUGGAGCAGCUCAAUGUCAAAACAAUUUCCCUCGCGUCGAUUCUCGAGACCGAUGCAAAUGGUCAGACGAUAAGCUUCCGCAGCAUUCGAAGUAAUUUAGGAACAAUUGACGAUUUGAAAUCGUUCAUUGAAGCUGCGGAAUCAAAAGGAAAACAUGUGAUUCUUGAACUUGACCCAAAUCAUUCGUCGUUGGAGCACAAGUGGUUCAAGGAGUCUGUCGCUAGAAAUGGAAAUUAUAACGAUUAUUAUAUUUGGGCGAGUCCAAAGAGUGAAAAUGUUGGCAGAAGUCCUCCAAAUAAUUGGUUGAGCGUCUACGGCGAUUCUGCGUGGGAAUGGAACGAGCAGAGGAAACAGUAUUAUCUCCAUCAAUUUGGCAAAACUCAACCUGAACUCAAUUUUCAUAAUCCUGCUGUCGUCAAAGAAUUCGAGGAAAUUCUCAAGUACUGGUUAGAUUUGGGCUUCAGUGGAUUCAGACUCGAAAACGCACAAUUCCUAACCGAGGAUCCAAAUCUUUUGGAUGAGGAGAGUCUGAGAGGAACUCCUGGAGCCUAUGACUCCUUAAAUCAUAUCAGAACUCGGGAGCGCAUCGAAAACGGACAAGUUUUACGUCAGUGGCGCAAUGUCGUUCUAAAUGUCACAAACGGCCAGGGUUUGUUUACUCUUCGUGACGACAUUAGUCCCGACGUUUUGCAAGUCUUCAAUGAUCACGUAACAAGCGGAGUGCUAAUAGAUUUGCCGCAAAGUUCACAAUUUUUAACGACAGCCACUGUCGAUUUAUCAGCGACAACACUGGACGGAAAUAUCACGAAUAUUCUUCGAAGGUCCGAGUGGCCAGCUUGGGACAUUAAUGGAAGAUAUCAGCCAUUGAGGUCACGAGUUCCAGAACCUGUUGCCGAAAGUAUAACGCUGAUGGUUCUACUUUUGCCAGGAACUCCAGUUUUUAAAUACAAGGACGUAAUCUCAAUCCGUGAUGCUUUUGACGAAGUGUCCAAAAAACGAGAAACAGACGGUUUCAAGUACGGCGAGACAAAAACCUACGUCAUGAAUAAUACGCAAAUUUUUGCUUACACGAGGCACUGGUUAAAGAGCGGAAGUCCUGGUUAUUUAGUGGCCUACAAUAGUGAAAAUCAAAUAAGAUUAGUCGACUUUUCGUCCAUUUCUGAUAUUGGAAAUGAAGUCAAAGUGAUCGCUCGAAGUCCAAAUUCCUCGGGAGGCGGAAUCGACACAACAAUCACAAAACUGAACGCAAAUGCAGUUCCCAUGGCUCCAAAGAGUACAAUAGUCGUGAGUUUUGUUUCUCCAGAAGCAACGGCCUAAGUCUGAGAGAUUAAAUACACAAAAAAAAACACACACAAAGAGACAGGAUAUUUAAGAAAAAAAAGAGACAAUAAAAACGAAAACUCAUAUAAAACCAAAAAAAAAAAAAUCUAGAUUUAAUCGUGUUUUAAGAAAACGCAUGUAAGCUAUUUAUUGCAUUUAUCUUUUUUACUCAAUGAUCUUAUUUUGAUAUUAUCUGCGAAUCAAUUUUUUUUAUUCACAAAUUUCAGCAGACUGUGAAUAUUAAUUGUAAAUUAAAAUAUUAAUCUCGUCUUCUCGUUAUAUAAAAGUGUUGAAAGUAUUAAAGGGCAUUAUAAAUUACA